AUGUGGUGGCAUUGUCUGGGCCCACGAGGUACCAUUCCCUGUCUACUAGACGGCGAGCUGGCAGUUUGGGAGUCGCAUUCCAUUGUUCGCUACUUGGCGCAGAAAUAUUCGCCAGAGCUGCACUUAAAUUCCAUUGAGGGCUUGGCCAAGUGCUCACCCUGGAUGGACUGGCUCCUCUUCUCCAACUUUCACGAAUGUAACCAUCAUCUCAUCGACCAGACAGCGCGCACGCUGCCCGAACACCGAGACAUUGCCACAAUGACUGAGAGCUACACAGGCUAUUUAGAGCGGCUUCGGAAAGUGGAGCAGCACAUCGCCGAAACAACGGCCUUCUUGACCGGCGAUGAGUUUUCCAUUGCCGACAUCGUCGUUGGAGCUGAAGUAUGCCGCUUUAGUUGCGGAAUGACGCGCUGGGCAAGUGACAGCGAGCUGCCCGAGCUUCAGCGUGCUGAGCUACCACACCUGGAUUCAUAUUUCAGGAAGCUUCAAGACAGGCCUGCGUUCCGUGAAGCGUGUCUCCACCACGAGCGCGAACACCAGCAGAUGGAGCCUUUGAGCGCUGGGGAAGUUCAGCCUUUGCUGCCAGAGGGCCUUUAG